AUGAAGACCUUCAUGAAGACUUCAUUACUGUUUCUGAUGCUGUGCUGUGCUCUGCAGCUUACCUCAGCUGACACAAUGUCAAGUGACUUGGCAAACAGUAUCUGCUGCUUUAAUGAAACCAGUAAAAUACCUCUGAAACAGCUGGAGUCUUAUUUCUGGACAAGUAGAAUUUGCCCCCUCAAAUACACUGUGUUCGUAACAGUUAGGAAGAAACGAUUCUGUGGAAACCCUGAAAAUGCCUGGGUCAAGCGGGCCAUGAAGCACAUAGACAAGAAAAGUGCUUCAAAUUCAGCAAAAUGACUUUUGCAUUCAUUAGCAUUACACCC